AGGAGGCGCCGACUAAAUCAGCCUCGUAGGGCUGACUUCACUGGUGGGGUUAGGCAACCUCGAACAUGGAAAUAAUCUUCAACAAACCACGCAUUUCGUGACAACCUCGAUUGUAUCCAUGCAGGCCUCUGUAUUCAACCUGUCCCUCUCUUCCAAACACAACCAUGCCUAGCUCAAAGAAAUCAAGUCGAGGAACCUCCGUAGCGAGCGAUUUCAGCCAAGCCCUCCAAGAAACCCCCGCAUUUGAACCAAUGCGAUACACUGCAAACUACAUAAGGAUGGCACAGCUCGAACUCAGUGCCUCUGAGUUUCAGGAUCUCAUGGCUGGGCUUAAAGAGGCAGGGAGACUCCUGCCUGAGAAUUUUGAUCCAGACAAGGAACCGUGGCCACCGGAGGCAGAAGAGGUGAAUCAAAGGGUGGAGGAAAUGUUGAAAAUUUAUGAUAAUCUUGCUGGGUGCUUCAAACAGUUUGUGCAAAGUGCACAGGCUGCGGGUGCGGGUAUGGGUGUCAAGCGCCAGCAGUAAUGGUGUAGGAAAUAUGGCUAGGUUACUGGCGUUGAUAAAUGAAGAUAGUUGUUAGGUUUUCUUGAAAUUAUGUUAUUAAAUAUCUGAUUUGAGCCACAGAGUUGCAACAACUCGUUACUAAUAACAGACCCUAGAACUUUCGUC